CGUGGUCUAGACUCGCCCCUCCCUUUUUGACAAGAUGGCGGCACCCAGCUGUAACGCGCCGGGCCAGUGGGUCCGGGGUUCCAAGCAGCGUUUGGGGAGUCUCUUUAGUCUCGUCUCAAAGCCAUUUUCUUCGGUCGCUGCUGCGUCUGGGACCGUGAGUGCCCAGCGAUUAGCGGAGAAGCUCCGAGCCCAGAAACAGGAACAAAAGACGAAGAAACAGCCGGUGCCCACAAGCCCUGUUCAGCGGAGGGUGCAAGAACUAGUGCGGUUCACACAGCAGCUGCAGCGAGUCCACCCCAACGUGCUUGCUAAGGCUCUGAGCCGAGGGAUCGUGCACCAGGAUAAGGAUCUCGUGGUCAUCAAUAAACCUUACGGUCUCCCUGUGCAUGGUGGCCCUGGGGUCCAGCUCUGCAUCACUGAUGUAUUGCCUAUCCUGGCAAAGAUGCUUCAUGGCCACAAGGCAGAGCCCUUGCAUCUGUGCCACCGGCUGGACAAGGAAACUACAGGGGUAAUGGUGUUGGCCUGGGAGAAGGAAGUGGCACAUCAAGUCCAAGAGCUGUUUAGAACCCGUCAAGUGGCAAAGAAGUACUGGGCCAUCACUGUGCGCGUCCCGGUGCCCCCAGCAGGAGUCGUGGAUAUCCCUAUCAUCGAGAAGGAGGUGCAGGGUCAGCAGCAGCACUACAAGAUGGCGCUGUCCCCAGGCUACCGCGUGGAGGAUGGGAAGAUAGUGAGAGCACGGAGCAACCGGAACGCACAUAUGGCUGUGACUCAGUACCGGGUGCUCAGCAGCACUCUGUCCUCUGCCCUUGUGGAGCUCCAGCCAAUUACCGGAAUAAAACAUCAGCUUCGAGUUCAUCUGUCUUUUGGACUGGAUUGCCCAAUCCUUGGUGAUCACAAGUACUCAAACUGGACUCAGCUGGCCCCCCAGAAGCUGUCUCUUGGUACCCUGAAGAAGCUGGGGCUGCACCAGGCGAAGGCCCGCCACAUCCCCCUUCACCUGCACGCCCACCAGCUGAUCCUGCCGGCCCUGGGGUCCAGGAAGGAGGAACUUGACUUGGUCUGCAAGCCUCCUCGCUACUUCGUAUGCUCCCUGAGACGCCUGGACUUAGAGAUGCCAAGUCAGGAUCAAAAUGGGGACGACAAAGCCGGACCUGUGAGAGCACAGUGAAGACCGCUGGGCCGAUUGGCCCCUGAAUCCUUCACUUUGUUUAAUGGACUCUGCUAACUUCUCAGACUCCAGAAGAGCCGGUGUGAGAAGUGGAAGAAACCCAGCUGCUUCCGGGCUUUUACUGGACACUAAAUUCUAUUUACUGAGAGUUUGGCCACAUUCUGGGAAAGCCUGUGGGAUGUCUCCCUGCUUCCGAGUCUCCUUGCCCCGGGGGAAGAGAGCCCAGGGCCAGGCAGACUGGGUCCAUAUUUGGAAAGGGAGAAACUCCAGCACAGAAUCUGUGCUCAGAAACUGUUUAUAUCCAACAAUAAAGCCCUUGAUCUAUCGGGAAGGUUCCUGUGGUUGGAAAGAGCACAUGAUGGUGAUCUGACUGCUAGAGAAAUUCAGAAGCAGUUAGCCACUGUCCUCAUGGAUGUUCAGAAUCUAUUAGCAGAACCUCUCUGCUCCACUUGUUUUGUCUGGGGUUUUAUAGACCCCAGCCCGAGAAUGCAGGGUUCUCUCCAGCUGCCGCAGUUACUGGAGCCCGCAAAGGGGUGUUGGAUAAGCAAGAAAAGGAGAUGUAAUGGCAGGCUGGCUGUGAGGCCCUGGUGGGGAGCACACACACUGUCCAGAGAGGGCAGUUGUUAGCUGCAGCUGGGUAUUGCUCUGUGGGAACAGGGUUUCUCUUUUUUUUUUCAGAGAAUCGAGAAACCCAGAUACAGUUGAUCCUUGAACAGCUUGAGGGGAUCGGGGACACUGACCCCCAUGCACAGUCAAAAAUCCACAUAUAACUUUUGACUCUCCCAAAAUUACCUACUAAUAGCCUCCUGUCGACCAGAAGCAUUACCAAUGACAUGAACAGUUGAUUAACAUGUAUUUUGUAUGUUCUGUGUAUUCGCUGUAUUCUUACUCGGCUAGAGAAAAGAAAAUGUUAUUAAGAAAAUCAUAAGGAAGAGAGAAUACAUUUACGGUUCUGUGCUCUGUUUAUCAAAGAAAAUCCAUGUAUAAGUGACCUGUGCAGUUCAAA